AAAAGGCAGCCGCUUGAAGCAGCAAAAAAACCAAUCAGCGCGCAGAGGCAGCUACAACAACAAAUAGCAUAAAAACAGAAGCCGCAUAGCCCAAACGCCAGCGAGUCCAGCAGAGUCCGACAGCAGCAGCAGCAGCAGCAGCAGCGUCGCCUCCAUAAUAAUAUUAUCAUUAACAGCAGCAAUAGCAACAACAACAACAACAGCAACAACUGAGUGGGCGUCGACUGGCGUUGGCAAGGACAGCCAGCAAGAGCGACACGAACGUUCAACGUUGGCGUUGGCGUUGACGUCGCCGUCUCCUUCGCCGUCACCGCCGUCAUCGCCGCCACCGUCGCCGUCGCACGGUACGCGAAUCAAUUUCCGUUGCGGUGGCCGUUUUCAGUUUUGAUUUCAUCGUCGCUAGCGCCACGCGUGUCGCGAUUCCCUAAUGGCGCAGCUGCUCGCCCAGCGAAUUAACGCAAGUGCAAGAGAUUGAGACCAAGACCGAGUCCGAGUCCAAGUCCGUUCCGAAAGUUAAGCGAAAACAGCUAAAAGUGAGACCAAAAAGUAACAAACACAAAAAUACAAAAAAAAACUGAGAAAGUAAAGGAGGAGCAAGUGUUCAAAUUUAGGCAUCCUCACGGUUCCGUAUCCUUGUCCGUGACGUGUCGGUCUGUGUCUAGGCAAAACUCAAGUCAAAUGACAGCUAUUCCGUGCUUGGAGCUUGGCCAUCUGUCCGCAGCAACAACAGCGAUGCGACACAGAACCAGCGCCACAAGAAUACGCAAAAGACACUGCCGCUGCAGUGGCCGGCGGCCAGAGACGCAACCAGAGCCGGCGGCACAGCUCGAGCUACCACUGGCUAGCCGCACAGCAGCAGCAACAGCAACAACAACAACAGCAACAACUACAGCAAUUCGACGCACCACAACGACUCCAAAGAACAGCCACGGCCUCAAUCUGAGGCUGAUCGGCGUCACGGCUGCGCUGACAACGGCCGCCGUGCUGCAUACAACGAAUGCGCUGACAGCAACAGUAGGCGCUAUCGAUGCCGUCGCACUGCCACUGCAAGGCACUGCCACGCCCCUGCCCGCCACACACGAUCUAAAUGCCACGCUGUCGAGCGGCACAGCCGGCGCGCUGUUCAACGACAGCAGAUCCACGCUGGAUGCUGGCCUAGCAGCCGCCGACGGCGUCGAGGAUUGGUUCGACGAUGUGUUCUGGCUGAUAAAGGCAUCCGUCAUGCUGCUAAUCAUCAUCGCGGCCAUUUGUGGCAAUCUGCUUGUUAUUAUUUCUGUGAUGCGUGUUAGAAAAUUAAGAGUUAUAACGAAUUACUUUGUAGUCUCCUUAGCCAUGGCUGAUAUAAUGGUCGCUAUUAUGGCCAUGACAUUUAACUUUAGUGUGCAAGUAACUGGGCGCUGGAACUUUAGCCCAUUUCUAUGCGAUCUGUGGAACAGUCUGGACGUGUACUUCUCGACUGCGAGCAUUUUGCAUUUAUGCUGCAUAUCAGUGGAUAGAUACUAUGCGAUUGUGAAGCCGCUCAAGUAUCCGAUUAGCAUGACAAAACGCGUCGUUGGCAUUAUGCUGCUGAACACAUGGAUAUCGCCGGCUUUGCUCUCGUUUCUGCCCAUUUUCAUAGGCUGGUACACGACUGACAAGCACAAGAUAUUUGUGAAGGAGCAUCCCGAACAGUGCUCGUUUGUGGUGAACACAUACUAUGCCAUCAUAUCGAGCUCGAUUUCAUUCUGGAUACCCUGCACCAUAAUGAUUUUCACUUAUCUGGCCAUUUUCCGUGAGGCCAACCGUCAGGAGAAGCAGCUGAUGAUGCGCCAUGGCAAUGCAAUGCUUAUGCACCGCCCAUCGAUGCAGCCAUCAGGCGAGGCGCUGAGUGGCUCGGGCUCAUCGAAAACGUUGACACUGCAUGAGGUCGAGCAGGAGCAUACCCCGACAAAGGACAAACAUUUAAUCAAAAUGAAACGGGAGCACAAGGCCGCACGCACUUUGGGCAUCAUCAUGGGCACCUUCAUACUCUGCUGGCUGCCCUUUUUCCUUUGGUACACGCUCUCCAUGACCUGUGAUGCCUGCCAGGUGCCAGAUAUUGUGGUCUCCAUACUCUUCUGGAUUGGCUACUUCAAUUCCACGCUCAAUCCGCUGAUCUAUGCGUACUUCAAUCGGGACUUCCGAGAGGCCUUCCGCAACACGCUGCUCUGUUUGUUCUGCAACUGGUGGAAGGACCGGCAUAUGCCACUCGACAUUGACAUACGACGCUCCAGUCUGCGCUACGAUCAGCGCGCCAAGAGCGUCUACUCGGAGAGCUAUCUCAACUCGACCACGCCCUCGCAUCGCCGCCAGUCACAGAUGGUCGACAACUUAUAAUACAGGGACGAGGCGCUGCUAACGCCCAUUGCCCAGCAGCAGCAGCGGCUGGCGACUGGCGCCUGCGGCUCCGCGCCUAGCUCCCGGAUGGACAACAAGCCCAAGCCCGGUCUGGGCAAUCUGUCUGCCGAAGAUGUGCAGGAGAUACAGAUUGAGAUACCCAUGGAGUACAUCAACAAAUGGAACAAGAAUAACAAUGCAGCAGCCGCAACGGCCUCCAGUCAUGUGUAA